UUGACCACACUGAAGAAACAGAGAAAUGACUUGUGGACUUGGUUUGGGGAUCUUUCUGAUUUGCUUAGUUCAAGCAGAGCUUGGUGGUGGUUCCCGGCUUAAAGUACUGGGACCCAAAAACGGCAACACACAAGCUGGCUUUCAUCAUCCAGAGAAACUAAGAAACUUUGGCAGUUACCACCAGAACCAACUCAGACAAAGCUCAGUUUCUCCACCUUCAGUUCAGAAGAGCAGGAACUUCAACACCAAUCCUGCAGUUAGCAAUGUUCCCGGGCAGAAACUCUUCACCAGCGGCUUCAUGCAAGCACUCUCUAAACCAAUUAAGAGUUCAGGGAGGCUGGUAAAGGGGACCAAACCAAGCAGCCAGAGUACUGGCUCUUCUGCCACCUUAUUUCGUCCCGUUGGUUCUGGGCCACCUAGUUCUGUUAGGAUGCAGACUUAUGCUAGGGCUCCUGCCAAAAGGGUUGGCCUUUCAGGUACCAGGGGUUUCUCUCCUCCAACUGGAGAGCGGAAGUCUUAUCUUAGACUGCAGAAUGCUUUAAACGUUGGCGGUUUUAAGCCGAGGAGUCGACUGCAGCUCAGUCACAGGACCAGAGUCGAUUCCACUCCUGGGUUUGCUCCAGUGAUGAUCCAUGAGAUCCCUGAACCCUUCGGUGGUUUUGCUAUCAGACGACUGAGACCACCUACUGAGCAGAAGGUUCCUGUCCAGAAGAUGCAGCAGAUGGCUAAAUCUGCGCUCCUGUCCUACAACCCUGAUCUGAUGAGCUUUGGGCCUGGAUCUGACAGGACCAGGAUGAAGCAGACCCAAGGGUUGGUCCAGACUCCACAGCAGAGCUCCACCCCUUCUCCGGCCUACAGUCCUGACCUUAACGGUGCUCAUCCAGCACCCAGAUGGACCAAGGUCAAAGUGCCUCACAGGCUCCAACAUGGAUCUUUUCACCAAAAUAUUAAUUAUGUGAUUUUAAAAUGAUGAUGCAAUAAAGUUGACCUUUAAUCUGCCU